AUGAAAGAAAAAUUGAAUAGAGAGAUAGGAUUCCUAUAUCACUCUAUUUCAUUUAUGGGAAAAGGCGCGUUUGGGUCGGUUUUUAGAUGUGUGGAUAUUAAAACAAACAAAGAAAUCGCUGUAAAAGUUUUAAGCAAGCAAAAACUCAGUGACCGAGAAAUUGCUAGAUCAAUGCAAGAAGCCAGAAUUUUAGCUGAGCUGAACCAUGAAAACAUCGUUAAAUUCAUUGAUGUGAAGCACACAGAUAACUAUAUUUAUAUCGAGAUGGAGCUCUUAAAAGGUGGCACUUUGACUCAAUUAAUAGAAAAUCGGAGGCUAUCUGAAGAAGAAGCAGCAACAGUCAUGAAAGGGAUUUUUAGAGCUGUUGCAUACUUGCAUGAUAGGAAAGUUCUGCAUAGAGAUCUUAAGCCAGACAACAUCAUGUUUAGAGAUCCUUAUGAUCUUUCAUCAGUCAAAGUUGCAGAUUUUGGACUGAGCACAAAAUAUACAUUAGUUGAGCAGCUUCAUUCUAUGGAUGGAACCAUGCUUUAUAUGGCUCCUGAACAAGUAUUGGAGCAGCAUUAUAGUGAGCCUGUAGAUAUAUAGCAGUUUAUUGUGGAUAAAAACUUCUGCUGAUUAAUUGCUAUUAUAUUUUUUUAUGUUGAUUAGAAAACUGAUAGACAGUUAUAAGUUGCUGCUUGCUAUAAAUUGAUUUAUGAAGCUGUGGAAUAAUUCUAUAUAAUCUUGUAGCUGGAAAGCACCCAUAUUUUGAAGAAGGGGAUGAUAAAAACACGAUAAUUUGAAAGCUUAAGAAUAUUCACUGAGAAUACCCUAAUGGAUUUCCUUCACUUGCGAGAGAUUUGUUUGAGCACUGUACAACGAUUUCUUAUAUGGAAAGAUAUACAGCUAAUUUAGCUCUUACUCUUAUCCAAAUAACCAUAACAAAGAUUUUAAAAAAUUAUUAAGAUUGAUCAUAAUUACUAUAAGAUAUUUUUACUUAUUUCAAUUAUUAUUUUUUAAUAAAAUUUUAAUCUAUAACUUUUUCUAAUAGAUAAUUGUUGAGCUAGUCAUCCUUGGAUAACCAGAUCAGGUGGCAAAAUUCCACUAACUCAUCUUGAAACUAUGCGAGGCUAUAGUGACCGACUCAAUUUGAAAACAAUUGCAGCUAUGACUUUAAUCCUAACGCCUCCCUUCCAUAGCGAACAAAAAUUUUGUUCUCUCAGUCAGGAGACUAAUUAUUAUUUUUCAAAAUUUUACAUGGAAAAAUUUUAAUUUUAACUCCCCCCCCCUCCGUGAGUGAACAAAAACCAUUAGAAAAAUCGCCAUUUUUUACCCAAAAAUCCACCCUCCGUGAGUGAACAAAAAUUUUUUUAAUAGAAAAAUUUUUUAUGGAAAAAAAUUUUGAUAUAUAAGUGAUAAUUAGUAUAAUGAAAUCUAGAGCUAAUUCUGUUUAAUUUUAAACAAAUUGCUUUUUAAAACAUAAAUUUUAUAAAUUAAAUUAAUAUUUGCUUUCCAAUUUUCGCGAAUUAGGAUUUUUUUAAAUUUCGAAAAAAAAUAUUUUUUAUAAAAUUUAAAAUAUAAAUUUUUUUAAAAAAAAAAAAUUAACCCCCCUCCGUGAGUGAACAAAAUUUUUUUGUUCACUCACGGAGGGGGGGGGAGUAAGAAGUUUUAAGCAUUUAGUCAAUUUUCGAUUAUUCUUUCUAUUCUUUAAAUUAAUUUUGAAAGUCAUCCUUUGUGCUUAUGAUUUUUUUUAACUCUGUGAAUAAUAUAUAUAAACCAAACCUAAUAAUGAUCAAUAUUAUCCUUGCUAAUUAUAUUAAAUGUAUAUAAGAAAAAAAUAUAUAAAUAAAUUUUUGGUUUGCUCAAAGCGUGGUUUUUGGCAAAAAUAAGUAUUUUCAAUGGCUUUUUUUUUCCGCUCACAGAUAGGGGAGUAGGCCAAUUAUGCCUUAAUUCAGGAAGAACAAUAACUAAAAACUAUACGAAAAUUAUUCAUCACCUUUCAGACAAAAAUUACGAGGCAGAAGAAUUAGACAAUCACAUUCAAAAAUGCCACACAAUCCACUCUAUUCCAGAUGCCAAAAUCCAUAAAAGGGCGUCAAGUAAACAAUUUAACACAACAACUUCCUUCUUAUCGGUCCCUACCAAAGUCUCAAGACCUAAAUCAGGGAGUCCUGUAAACCGAAAAGCUGCCGAUUUGACUCCCCCGACCUCAAAUGAGCUGUUAAGAAACAGAUUGGUUCGGCUUUCCCCAAGGCCUCAAGCAGAACAUUUCCCAGAAAUCCGUAAAACAAAGUCCCCUAUCCCUCGCUCUCCAAAAGAAAUAGCUCCUUUUAGAGAUACGAGGCUCUCAUAA